AUGCUCUGUCAUCCAGUCACCCAAUGCCAUCCACAGCCACCCCUUGUCAUCCACUGCCACCCAAUGCCAUCUACUGCCACCCAAUUCUAUCCACUGCCGUCCUCUACCAUCCUUUAUCUUCUGGUCAUCUGCGAAAAGGAGGAUUCCUUUCCAGUCCAAGUUGCCGUGAACAACUUGGAACGGUACCGCUACAUCAACAUCGUGUUCUUCUGCAUCCACUGGCUGGCGAUGAGCAACUCCUGCUGCAAUCCCUUCGUCUAUGCCAUCUAUAACGACAAGUUCAAGAAGGAGUUCAUCCAGCGAUGGGGCAGAUGUCGUUGCCUCCGCGGGCGACGCCAGUCGCCUUCGUCGCACGACGAGCUGAGCCUCUUCGACGUGAAGAUCCAGGGAGACACGCCGACGCAGGGCCGGCUGCACGACCAGCGCCAGGCCCCGAAGAGCACAAAGAACUCGGUGAAGCUGUCGUACCAUCGGCGUCGCAUGAAGCAGGGACUCGAUGGUUGCGUCCCGAGUGGUCGGAGAAGCCCACUCGAGAGCACACACCGGACUCGAGAACACCCAACGGACUCAGCAGAUGGAACGCCGAGCAAAGGAAUCCUUGUCGAUCUGGUCGAUCUGGAGCGGAAGAAGCUCACUUUGGGGCUGGGAGACUGCUCGCUGGGGCUCUUUCCCCCUCCUGAUGCGUUGGGUAUGGGCCAGGAGGUUAGAGGAGGCCAGGAGGCUAAGGGAGGCAUCAUGCCCGACAGCCUCCUGGCCCUAGCCUCCUGGCCUCAGCCUCAUGCCCCAUCCUCCUAG